GCUCUCUGCCAUACACUACCACCAAAUUAGUUCUUUGAAAAGCUCUUGAUUUUUCGAUAAUAUAACUAGCUAAUAUGGUUGUACGUGUACGCUUGGCUCGUCACGGUGUACGUAAUCGCCCAUUUUAUCACAUUGUCGUCUGUAAUGCUUGGAAGGCGCCAAGGGCUAAACCCCUUGAAACUAUAGGGACCUUUGAUCCUAUCCCAAAAAAGGAAGAUCCGAAAGACACAAUUCCUAGAAUAAAGGAUAUAGAACUUAAUGUUCAGCGCUUCAAGUAUUGGAUCAGUGUAGGUGCUCAACCCUCCGACACUGUCCGCUCGUUGGCUGAAAAGUUUCAAUUACUUCCAAAGAAGCCUAGCCCUUAAUUCCCUCCUCCUAAAUAAUCCCGGUUUUCUGUAGUCAUGGAAAAUCUACUAUAAUUGCAUCUGUUCCUCUUACUUGAUUUUGAAUUUUCUCUUCUCUGCUAUACAAUUACAUGUGCGUUUUAUUAUUUUUGCUCUACCACCAUUCUAAAGAUUACUAUUCUUUCAAAGAUUGCAUCUGUAAAAGUUUCUCACGUUUUGGGAAGACGAUGCUUUCAUUUCGAUGUUUCGAACAAAUACAUGACUAUGAAGGCUUCUAUUGCUAGUUUCACAGCAUAGCAGACAUGAUAAUUAAACCUGAGAGUCGUAUAGCUGUUUUACUAUGUAGAAGUGAGAAUGAAUGAUUCAUCUCAUAAAAGUAAUUUAUAGCGAACAAAUCGUUUAAAAAAUAAAACCAUAAUAAACACGUUGACG